CUUUAUAAGCUAUGCUUAAAUAGUCGCAAAAAACAUGGCGACAUGGGGGAGUGAGAAAUUUAACUCGGAUGCAAUUGUCGAGAAGACCGACGGGAAUUUUGACAAUAUAUUAGUGACACAUGACCUGCAGGAUUGUUUGGACGACAGUUUGGACCUGUCAAGUUUUGGCAAAGUGUACGAUCAAUCACCAGUUUUGAACUAUGGAAAAUUAUCGGACGAAAGCUCGUCCUACAUGGAAAAGUUGCGGGAUGAUAAUACUGGGUACAUCUACCACACGAUCAGGUCCGAUGAAAUCUACAUGCGAAUUCAUCCUGGGCAAAAUGACUCGAUGCCCGACGAUCCGUCGCACGCGACUAUCACAAUUGAGAGCACAGAUCCUGACACUAACCAGAAACACAUCAGUCGUUACACGUGCGAAUACGACGGCUGCACGAGAACCUACAGCACGGUUGGCAAUCUUCGUACGCACAUGAAGACUCACAAGGGCGAGUAUCGAUUCAAAUGCACAGAUCCGGAUUGUGGCAAGGCAUUUUUGACUUCGUACAGCCUAAAGAUUCACAUACGUGUUCAUACGAAGAUAAAACCAUUCGAGUGCAAUCACGAGGGCUGCGAAAAAGCUUUCAACACGUUAUACAGACUAAGAGCUCACCAAAGACUUCAUAGCGGGAAUACAUUUAAUUGCGAAAAGACCGGAUGUGUUAAAUUCUUUACAACAUUGAGCGAUCUCAAGAAACAUAUACGGACUCACACUCAAGAAAGGCCCUACAAGUGUCGAGAGAAUGGAUGCGGCAAAGCCUUCACCGCUUCGCAUCACCUCAAAACUCACAAAAGAACACACACUGGUGAACGGCCUUACACGUGUUCUUACAUUUACUGUAAGAGAUCUUUCACAACCCCGCACAGUCUGAAAAGCCACAUUAAAACGCACAAGAAAAUCGUCAAGAGUCAAACAGCGAAGCUGAAGGAAGAUCCGCAGGCUAGUAUAAAAGAAGACAACGGCAGCCUGGAAAAUCAACCUAAAGCCAAGAUCGAGAUCAAGGAAGUCGGCGAAAGUAACCACGUACCUUUUUACACAAUAAUACCUUUGAAUCUAGAAAACAGUCGAGAUACCGAAAACGUGGCUUACAUUUCGAUGCAGAAUUCUGGUAAUGUCAAUCAAUUGGCGGUACAGUCUAUGAGUCGCGUUCUAAACAAUAAUGAGAAAAACCAUUUCGAUGACGAGGUUGAAUACGGCGCGUCAAGCCGCAGCGUGGAACAAGUUAAAAUACCUGCUGGUUCUCCGCUCAACUUUAAAUCGAGUGAAAGUAAUAAUAUUGAGCUAUCGACGCCGAGAAACAUCACGAUAGAUGAUUUGACGCACAGCACUAUCAACACGUUGAACAACAGAGAAUAUGAUAAGCUGAAAAUCUUCGAUCAGAUAGCUACCACAAUCGGCCAAAAUGACGGAACAACGAAUGAUGUGAGUGGUCAGAGCAACAUUUUACUUUCGAUUUCUAUUGACGACGAGCGUAAUGGAGUAAUUCACAAACAGGAGCAUAUGGACGCGAUGAAUUUGCAACAAGAAAUCAUACAAAACGGCCUUCAAAACACAAUCGCACAGAUAUCCGAGCCUAAAAACUUUUCAAACAAUCCAAAACGCUAUAAAAGUGACGGCCACAUCAUCGUUCAAAAUGAAUUUUCAAAUCAAGCAAACAACGGCUUGUCUAUCGAUUGCAAAGACACAACAUUUUACAACAGUAAUUCUAUUGCUGACAGUGCGGUGAAGACAAUUGAUACCCCGGAUGAACAUAAAUUAUUUGCUGGUGAAACGCCGACUUCUUACUGUGAUAACAUAAGUGUUAAUAACAUUGCCACCAACGACUCUCAAGUAUUUAUAAAAGAUGUGGUUGGUCCAUAUACCGAAAAUUGCAGCACCGCUCUGUCUAGUUACAAAAGUGUCGAUCCUAAUUCCAUCGUAAGCAUUAAAAAUUGCUUGGAUUCCAGUGAGGCAUACUCGAGUACACAGAUUGAUAAAAAAAUUGUACCGAAAGUUGGAGACACAAUAACGAAUGGGUUCAUAAAUAAUUCACUUGCCAAAAUAUGUUCAGAUGCAAUAUUUCAGUCAGUUGAUUGUAUUGGUAUCGAGAAUAAUGAUUCACAAACUGCGUUAUCCAGUGACAACAUCGUCAUCGGACAAUCGAGGGUUCAAAGCAAUUCCAAGAGUUUGGAAAUUUAUCCAAACUCUAAUUUCAAGGAUGGUAAAUCUGGAAAUAAUUUGGUGAAUCGAACAAAGAACAACUGGCAUUCGGAAGCUGUCGAACUGGCGAUGGCCUCUGAAGAAGAAAUGCCAUCACCUUGGAUCGACGUCAUGGCUCUGGCAUCGGCGCCUUCUUUGAGAGCCGAAUCAUGGUCUGAGUUCAACGCCUUCCCAACGGCCGUUCAUUCGUUAGUGGAUCUGGUCGGCCCUGAGCCUUAUCCUUUGGAGCUAGAAUCAGAACAUCAGCAAAAUGUUAACCUGGCAGCAGCUGUAAGUGCCUCAGGAAGUAUUACAGUGGUCGAUGAUGGUGCGCAUCAUGCGAAGAAUUCGUCCAAUGCGAGCAAUCAGAGGAAUACAAACAAUAGGAAUAUUCUGCAGGAAAUUACGGCUGAUGCGGAUAUUUGCAAAUGCAUCGAUUGCAAGUGCGACCAUUUGAAAAAUUGUCAAAAUUGCUUCCCUACAGCGCCGCGAAAUGUGGAGAGAAAUAAGAAGACAAAUAAUGACACCGCCAGGAAAAUGAUGCAUUUAUCGAGCGUAGAAUCUCAGCUGGAAACUGAAAGUCUGAACAUUUUAUCGAACUUCGAAUCUGGAAAGAGUAUCGAUUAUACCAAAGAGUUUGCUCACCCGAGCGACGCGGUGAGCCAAGAGGCUCAAAUUCUGACUGAUUUUAAUAACUACGAUAGUACGUUUAGAACAAAAGUUGAGAGUGAGGAAGGUCAAGACUGUACGUGCGGGUGUAUUCAACAGAGUAUGGAAUCCGAAUUCAUGGACAUCACAGGGAUGGAGAAUUUCAUAGACAAGAAAUCGUGCGAAUGUUUGGUGCUUGAGAAUGGGGCAAAAUUCUGCGAGGCCAUAAUUGAAAUCGAAAAUAUAAUAACAAGCAAAAGUUUCCCGCAAGGCUCGGAUAGCAUUAUACCAAAUAUAGUUAGUAAGAAAAGCGAUAACGACAAAGAAGAUAAUAGUUUGUCAGAAUCUGGCACCAAAGAGAGUAACGAGAAGGCAUCCUCCAGCGACAAAUGUCACGUCGAAUCGCAAAAAAGUACCAAAGAAAAUUUGUGCUGCGGAUCUAACAAAAAUUGCAAUAAUCGCCAAUCAAAAUCCACCGCACAGAUGAACAACGCGCCAAAGUACAAUGGUGAUUCAGCUAAGAAACACGGUUGCAGAUGUAACCAUAAAAACGAGAACAGUGGUUGCUGCAUAAAGAAUAAUGAUAAAAAUAAUAAAAAUGAACCAAAAACUAGUUGCUGUUGUAAGGAUGAUAGUAGCGAUAGGAAUAGCAGCGUAAAUUCAGAAUUAAGCUCGUCCCCAAUCGGCAAAGUAAUUGAACAAAUCUCAGGUAACAGGGAAUUGAGUUCUGCUAUUCCUAAUGGUAGCAUAAUCGAUUUUUUCUGCAACGUAGAGAGUAUAAAGAGCAGCAGUUCGUCCGUUGAAGAAUAUGAAAAGCAAACACAAUGCUGCGAUCGUUACAAAAGUGGUAAAGACUUCGACGAUAGCAGUAACAUCACCAAUAAAUUUAAAAAUGACGUCAAUGAUCCAGACAAACAAAAUUUGAAUCGCUGUCAAGGGAUAUCAAAGCCUUAUGAUAAUAGCGAAACGAUAUCCCCUAUAUCUAUGAGACGUCGAAACGAAUCUUUGGAUAAAACAAUGGUUGAUGAUUUUGGAACGUGUUUGGAAAGCGAUUGCUCAUGCGACAGUGGAACAGGGGGAUGCAGAUCUUGCUGCGUCAUUGUAUGCCUUAAAACACUGCAGCAGUUACAAAGAGUGUUCACUCAGAAUUGUUGUGAAGAUAAAACUAAGUCCGGCGAUCAAAGCAUAACACUGCCUGUCUCCUUAAUUAAAAAAUUAACAGGAAACGAGUAACCUACUAAUAACACAAUUAUGGGAAUGUGCUAUUCAAGUUUUUUAAAGAUGCGUAUAUGUUGCUAUUUUUAUAAGUAAAAU